AUGAGCGACCAAGGAGAAAAAACUUGUCCCCUCUGUGCUGAAGAGAUGGACUUGACCGACCAGCAGUUGAAGCCUUGCAAGUGCGGUUAUGAGAUCUGCGUUUGGUGCUGGCAUCACAUAAUGGAAAUGGCUGAGAAAGAUGUGACAGAAGGGCGAUGUCCAGCAUGUCGUACGCCUUAUAACAAGGAAAAGAUUGUCGGAAUGACACCAAUGUGUGAAAGGGCUUAA